GUCAUACAAGUUUGCCCCACAAAUACUGGACAGCGGGCUCCUCUUGCUCAGUUCGCAUCGCGACACCGUGUUUGACUAACGUGUUGUGUUUGAUCGGAUAUUAAAAUCGAAAUCGAUAAAACAUGCUGAAGUUAUCGAUCUUCAUCGCAGCGGUAGCCACCGUACACGGCCAGUGCUUGGACAAAGAUGUGUCUAAGGCGAAUCCAGAAUCCCGAGUAGAUUUAUAUAAAGGUCAGCUGCAUUUCACAUUGGACCUCUUCAAUACCAUAAACAAAGCUGUGCCAGAAGACAAUGUAUUCUUCUCGCCCUUCUCCGUGUACCACGCGUUGCUAUUGGGAUAUAUUGCUUCCGGUGGACGUACAGAACAGAAUCUCAAGCAGGCGUUGAAGAUCUCAGACUCUUUGGACAAGGUGAACCUCCUGACAGCAUACAGAGUAGACAAAAGGUCGCGAGCUAUGAACAAUAACAGCGACAGUUACGAGUUCACAAAUGCAAACAGGAUGUUUGUUGACAGCGGCCUGAACGUUAGACAAUGUGUGCGUGACCUACUUUUGGAUGAAUUGCAGGCGUUGAACUUCCAUGAGAACCCAGUUGCAGCCCGGGAAGCCAUCAACAGCUGGGUUGAACGCGUUACAAAGAAUAAUAUCAAGGAUCUUAUACCCGCUGACGGUAUAACGGAAGCCACCAAGCUGGUGCUGGCAAAUGCAGCGUAUUUCAAAGGCGUGUGGGCGUCCAAGUUCCUGGUGGAGAGAACGAAGAAGCAGGUGUUUUUUGUGUCUGAAACCCGACAGACUUUAUGGCCUUUUAUGAGGCAGAAGGGCAUAUUUCAUUACAUGGUAAACGAUGACCUUGGAGCGCAAAUCCUGGAACUUCCAUACAAGGGCAAUGACAUCAGCAUGUAUAUACUACUCCCACCAUACUCCAUGAAGGAAGGAGUAUCGAAUAUAAUAGCGAAGUUGACACCUGAACGGCUAGCCGCAGUGGUGGAGGAAGGCUACAUGGGACGGGAGGUGGUGGUUGAAAUACCAAAAUUCACAAUCGAAAGGAGCCUGCCUCUUCGAACGAUAUUGGAAAGUCUCGGCGCGGGCGAUCUUUUCAACGCAACGGCCGAUUUUUCAUCCCUCACUGAUGACCACGGCAUAUACUUCGACGAUGCCAUGCAUAAGGCCAAGAUUCAGGUCGACGAAGAAGGCACGGUAGCGGCGGCUGCAACAGCUCUGUUCGGUUUUCGGUCUUCUCGUCCCGCGGAGCCGAGCGUCUUCAUAGCAAACUUCCCGUUCGUAUACAUUCUAUACGAGAAACCUACGAACUCCGUUCUCUUUAUGGGAGUCUUCAGGGACCCCAAGAAAUGAUUUAAUAUUUCAUAAUUUAUUAUUAUUGUCUUUUGUUAAAAUAGCUUUUACACAUUAAGAAAAACACUUUUUGAACGGAUGGAAGCUAUGUAUGUUAUUAAAAACUUAUAAUUAUUUACAUAAUCCUAAAUUGUAAUUUUUUACGACGUUUCGCGUGCUUUUCAGCGUGCGUGAUCACUGCGUCACCGCGUUCAAAAAGUGUUUUUCUUAAAUUUAUUAUUAUUAUUAUACACAGACUAUAGACUGUAUACAAAGUUUUAACUGUUUUAAGAAAUCCGCAUUCAAUUGUUUUGACUUUUGACAAUCUGUCAAUAAUAUUUCGUAAUCGUGUCAAAUGUCGAAUGCGUGACAGCUUGCGUAAUGUCUGAAAUAUUUGAAUAAAGAACUGCGUGAUAUAGAUAUGUAUUGUUGCCCUAAAUCAUUUUCUUUAGCGUUAUUUUCAGCCAGUAUUUUUCUAUCGCCGUGUAGCUCUAUGGUUUAAAAAAUUCGAAAUUAUAAGUGUUUAGAGUAAUAAAAAUAAUUUUAUUUGUAAAAUUAUAUUAGUGUUUAUUGACAAUAGAAUUAUUAUAAUAAGUAGUGAACGUGAAACAAAUUUUUCUUAUUUGUAUUUUUAUAAUCGAAAAUUGUGUUUUGCACAUAGAUAAGCUUUAUUUAUUAAAUAAUAUUAAUACAA